AUGGCGGCGAUGGCGGAGGAGCUCAAGAAGCGGGUGGAGGAAGAGAGCAUUGAUGAUCGAGAGUUUCUGGCGGAGAAGGUGUAUCCGCGACUCAUGCCUGUGCUGAUAGAGCUUUGUCAGCGAGUUGAGCACAAGGAAAACUUCGACAGCUUGCAGGCGGAGAAGGAGGGAGGGGAGAGAGGGGCAGGCUUCAACCCGAUCCGAUGGCUGGCAGAGCACCUCAUGAGAAAUCGUCGCUCCUCCAUCAUGGCAGACAACCAAGAAUACAUGGAGAGCUUGCAGAGGGAUGCAGAGAAGAUCCGAGAGAAACGAGAGCGACUGGAGGCGGUUGCGAGGGAGAAGCGAGCACUUGAAGAAGAGGAGAGCCGCAAACAAGAAGAUGAACGGAACAUGGCGGCAGAGAAUGAAAGGAGAGAGCUGGAAGCCAAGCUGAAGUCGCAGGCAGAGAAAGAAGAGGAGGAGUGGAACAAGAGCGUCUUGUCGGGAGUGAAGAGCGCUGCAGGAGUGAAGUACCAAGACGAGGCCCUGAGCCUCUCAGAAAGCAUACAUCAGCUCGUCUCGUCCACGAGCUUCAAUUCAAUGGAGGAAUUGCGUCAUACGCAGGAGACGAUGCUCAAGGAGAUCUGUGCGUUCUUGGUCAAGCGAACCAACGCCUCCUUCGUUGCUGUGCUUUCUCAGCUCGUCCGAUCGUUUCAUGAUGCUGUUCCGCAGGUGGCACGCCUAGAGGAUAGCGACACCCUACACUACAAGGUUGCAGCGGACAAGAAGGACGUCAUCGUUGAUCAUGACGGUGCUGCUGUGCUGCUGCUGGUGGUGGUGGUGAUGGUGGUGGUGAUGAUGAUGAUGAUGAUGGAUGUGAAGGAGGACGGGAACGAGGAGAAUGUCGAACACAAGGAGGCUCCUCAACCUGAGAUCACCGUCCGAAAUCUCCCGCCCAUGGACGACGACAUGGCCUACGUGUUGAGAAGGGGGAACGGGAUCACCUUCGAGAGGGUCGUCGACCUCAACAAGGGCCUCUGCGUGACCGACGUGAAGUUUGUAGAGGGCAUGUUCUUCUUCGACCAGAAGCGGCAGGGGACGUACCUUGCUGUUCCCAUCCGAAGCGGCAAGAAGGUCGUCGGCAUCAUCAGCGCAGACACUCUCGACUCUCUCAUCGAGGCCGAGCUGAAAGACUUUGAGAUCCCUCAGUUCAUGUCAGCAGCUUUCAUCCUCUCCGCCUUCAUGGAGCGAUCGGAGCUUUUGUACAGAAAUCAAAUCUUGAAGAGAAGGAAGGAGAGUCUGACUGUCAUGUCGAAACGAGCAAACACGCUACCUGAUGACAUGGCGCAAGAGAUUGUCAGCUCCAUACAGGAGAUGCUUCCUGCCUGCUCUUGUUGUGUCGGAGUCUGCAACUUGACAUCUCAGAUCCUCGUCUUGAGCUCGUCGGGUCCCUCAUGGCAAGGGACUUGCAACGGAGUGGUCGACGAGACGAAAGAGGAGCACGGGCUGAUGAUGAAAGCUGUUGCCAGCAAGCUCCUGGAGGUGAAGACGCGGGAGGAGAGCGUCGAAGAAGUUGCGAUUCCCAUCCUCGACGAGCAGAAAGUCACCGCGGUCGUCCACGUCAAGAGCGCGCCAGGCUCGAGCAUCCCGCAGUUCUUGAUCGACUUUCAGACGAGCAUGAGCAGCGUCGUCGCCUCGGUCCUCCUGUCCCCUGCUAGGAGCGCCAAGCGAGUGCUCAGCAUCAUCGCAGCAGCUGCGGUAGGAGACCCCAAGAACCUGUUCCAGCAUGCCGCCGCCAUCUGUCGCUGGCACUCGUCUUCAUCUUCCAUCAAGAUCGUCGCGAAGCAUGGCCCCGACUCGCUCAGGAUCUUGUUCGAGGAAGAGGAGACUGACAGCAACGUCAUCGAGCGAUCGAGCAUCCCAGCCUGCGAGGAGGCGACCAGGUCUCGAGCUGUCAGCUUCGACGGGACCUCCGUUGUUGUGCCUCUCAUGCACAAGGAGGAUGAUCGAACCCCCUAUGGGCUGAUCUUGGCCAAGACCAGCAGCGUGAGCGAGGAGCAGAUGAGCAUCCUGGAGGCGAUAGGAAGCGCCUUGAGCGACGCCUUCGAGGUUGUUGAGUUUCGCCGUAAGAUGAGCAUCGCCAGCGUCACCGCGCUCGAGGCUCUGCUCAAGAAGCUGCCCAAGCUCCGAGGCGCUUGCCUCUCCUUCCCCGACAGCUGCGGCUUCAACAUCGUCGCCCGCGUUCUCGGCAGCUUCUCUCACCCGGUGGUGGUGGGGGAGCGUCUGCAGAACUUCAAGGCGUUUCAGAAGGUGGCGGUGGCGCGCGAGGGCUGUGCUGCUGUCGGAAACAUCUUGGUGGCUGGGGAGGAGCUGGAGCAGACGCAAGUGAACUUCCACGAGGAGACUCCGCUCGUGACGCUCAGCAGCUUCGCCGACAUCCUGUGCACGGUGGCGGAGAGAAUCCGAUGGGAGAAGAUGAGGGUCGAUCGGACAGACGCGGAGCUGAGGGAGGGGGAGGAGAUGCUGCUGCAGCACUUCAACGUGUGCAGGUUCGACAUGCAGACCGAGCGCGCGAUCCAAGACAUCGGCAUGAUCUACAUCGAUAAUAUCAGAGAGUCUCUCCACCCCAAUGAGCUCGGCGCUUGCAUCUUCCAGGCGAUCAUGUACAUCCUGGGGCACCAGCAGCGAGACGUGUCGCAAUGGAAGCGCUGCAGGAAGCUCAUCACUCACCAUCUCUUCAAGGAGAUGAAGAUGAUCGACAUCCGCGCGCCUCUCACUGUCCACAAGCUCAAACUGGCGCGCGAGAGAAUCUCCGCUCUCUCCGCCGCUGACAUCGCCAUGGAGGCAGGGCCACAUGCGCUGCAGCUGUGGAAGUGGGUGCUGAUGAUUCUAGAAAUACAAGGGGUGGAAUAG